AUGUCGUCGCUUACCAUCCACGAGCUCAAGAAGGAGCAAAUCACAACUUCAAUCGACCUUCUCACGCAAAAUUUGAUCAACAUUGCUGACACAACUGGCGAAUUCCUGCUCAAGCUUCCUGAUGGCCGCAUCAUCGACACCAAAGGCUGGGACGGCUGGGAGUGGACGCACGGCAUCGGUCUGUACGGUCUUUGGCACUACUACACUCUGACCGGCAACCAAGCCACAAAAGACAUCAUGCUGGGCUGGUACUCCAAGCAGCUCUCCAAAGGCACAACCAAGAACAUCAACACCAUGUCCCCGUUCCUCGCGCUGGCGUACCUGUACGAGGACACAGGCGACAAGACAUUCAUCCCUUGGCUGGACACGUGGGCGGAGUGGGUGAUGCACGACUUGCCGCGCACAAAGUACGGUGGUUUCCAGCACGAGACGUAUCUCGAGUACAACAAGGACGAGCUCUGGGACGACACGCUCAUGAUGAGCGCGCUGCCUCUGGCUAAGAUCGGACUCACGCUCAACCGACCCGAGUACAUUGAGGAAGCGAAGAGGCAAUUUAUUCUGCACUGCCAGUACCUGUUUGAUCCCACGACAGGGCUGUUCUUCCACGGGUGGAAGUUCGAGGACAAGGACGGGAAGGUGGGACACAACUUUGCGCGGGCGAGGUGGGCGAGAGGAAAUUCGUGGCUGACCAUUGUCAUCCCUGACUUUAUCGAGCUUUUGGAUUUGAAGGAAUCGGAUCCGACAAGGUUGUUCCUUGUCGGCAUUCUCGAAGCGCAGUGCAAGGCGCUGGUCAAGCUGCAGCAGGAGGACGGCAUGUGGUGCACAUUGCUCGAUGUUCCGGCUUCCGAGGGCUCGUACGUUGAGGCAUCAGCAACGGCUGGGUUCGCGUACGGUAUGCUGAAGGCUGUGAGGAAGCGUUAUCUCAAGGGCUCGGAGUACCAAGACUCGGCGGUCAGGGCCAUCAAGGCUGUCCUUGCCAACAUUAACCCCGAGGGUGAGCUGCUGAACACCAGUUUUGGCACGGGCAUGGGACACACACUGCAGCACUACAAGGAUAUUGCGGUCACAAGCAUGCCUUACGGCCAAGCUAUGGCUAUCAUGGCACUUGGCGAGUUCUUGAGGUCGUUUAUCUAG